AUGGUAAAUAAAGGUGGGCCUGAAGCUGUAGAUCGUACACUUAAAAAUUUUAGAGCUGAUGAAGGUCCGAUGGUAGGUGUUGUGAUACUGUUCGUUGGUGAUUUUCGGCAAACAUUUGCAGUUGUGCCAAGAGGUACAAAAAGUGAUGAAAUAAAUGCUUGCCUAAAAUCGUCGUUUCUUUGGGCUUCUGACAAACUUUUAAGAUUGACCACAAAUAUGCGCGUACAUUUGGUUGUGCAUAAUAAUGCAGCACAAUUUUCAAGAACUCUUUUGGAUAAAGGAGAUGGACAUAUUUUAAAUAAUGAUGGUGAAGUACUAUUAGAAUCUACAUUUGCCACUAGCGUCACUGGACAAGACGAAUUAAUGUAUAAAAUUUAUCCGCAAGUCACCCAAAUUUCAGAGAAAACGGAUGAUUGGUUACGCGAACGAGCGAUUUUAGCACCUAAACACGAUUCUGUUACAAGCAUAAAUAAUAAAAUUCUUUCAAUGUUUCAGCCCAUCAGCAAACAUAUCUUUCUAUUGAUAGUCUGA